GGUCUUGGACCUCCUCUUAUUUCUUCUUUAGAAUAAUUCUGUUGGGAUUUGUGAUGCAGAAAAGCUUAAAGAAAAAAGGAUAGCCAUUCUGUGUGGUGGAAAGUUUUGGAAAAAAAAAUUGCUUACUCCAAACAAGGGUGCCAUUCUGAUGUUUAUGGGAUUUUUGUUCUCACUAUGAAGGCAUCUGUUCUUGAAGUUUUCCUUGUUUUGCUGGUGACUGGAAUACAUUCAAAUAAAGAAGUGUCAAAGAAGAUGAAAAGACCCAAAUUCACUGUGCCUCAGAUCGGCUGUGAUGUCAAAGCUGGGAAGAUCAUCAACCCCGAGUUCAUGGUGAGAUGUCCAGCAGGAUGCCAAGACCCCAAAUAUCACGUCUACGGCACUGAUGUCUAUGCGUCGUACUCCAGCGUGUGCGGCGCUGCGGUGCACAGUGGUGUGCUUGACAAUUCAGGAGGGAAAGUACUUGUUCGGAAAGUGGCUGGACAGUCUGGUUACAAAGGGAGUUACGCCAAUGGUGUUCAGUCCUUAUCCCUACCUCGGUGGAGAGAAUCCUUCGUCGUCUCAGAAAGUAAGCCCCAAAAGGGUGUAACCUAUCCAUCAGCUCUAACUUAUUCAUCAUCCAAAAGUCCAGCUGCCAAGGCAGGUGAGACCACAAAGGCCUAUGAGAGACCAUCUGCUCCGGGAACAACGGCUCAGCCCGCUGCCCUGACACAGGUUCUGGCUGAGGCCACCCACGACACCCUGCCCAAGCCAUCUUCAUGUGCGCCCUUGGUCACCAGCAGCCCCAGGCCCCAGCCCGUGGGCCCCAGGAGCCCGGAGAUGGGAGAAGUGGACUCUUGGAAGCCUGGAUCCGUCCUUUUAGAUGCAGGAUUUGUGCCAAAAGAAGAAUUCAGCACACAGUCUUCAGAGCCAGUGUCCCAGGGAGACCCAAACUGCAAAAUUGACUUGUCUUUUCUAAUCGAUGGGAGCUCCAGCAUCGGCAAACGUCGAUUCCAAAUCCAGAAGCAGUUCCUGUCUGAUGUUGUCCAGGCUCUUGACAUUGGCCCUGCCGGUCCUCUGAUGGGCGUUGUCCAGUACGGAGACAACCCUGCUGCCCAGUUUAACCUCAAAACUUACAUGAAUUCUCAAGAUCUGAAGAUAGCUAUAGAGAAAAUUAGCCAGAGAGGAGGGCUCUCCAACGCAGGCCGGGCCAUCUCCUUUGUGACCAAGAACUUCUUUUCCAAAGCCAACGGAAACAGAGGCAGCGCUCCUAAUGUGGCUGUGGUCCUGGUGGAUGGCUGGCCCACAGACAAGGUGGAGGAGACUUCAAGAGUCGCAAGAGAGUCAGGGAUCAACAUUUUCUUCAUCACUAUUGAAGGGGCUGUUGAAAGUGAGAAACAGUAUGUGAUAGAGCCCAACUUUGCCAACAAGGCCGUGUGCAGGACCAACGGCUUCUACUCCCUCAGCGUGCAGAGCUGGUUCGGCCUCCACAAGACCGUGCAGCCCCUGGUGAAACGGGUCUGCGACACCGACCGCCUGGCCUGCAGCAAGACCUGCUGGAACUCGGCCGACAUCGGCUUUGUCAUCGACGGCUCCAGCAGCGUGGGGACAGGGAACUUCCGCACGGUCCUGCAGUUCGUGGCCAACCUCAGCAAGGAGUUCGAGAUUUCCGACACGGACACGCGCAUCGGGGCCGUGCAAUACACCUAUGAGCAGCGCCUGGAGUUCGGGUUUGACAGGUAUCACAGCAAGGCCGAUGUCCUCAAUGCCAUCAAGAGGGUGGGCUACUGGAGUGGAGGCACCAGCACGGGGGCUGCCAUCCACUACGCCCUGGAGCAGCUCUUCAAGAAGUCCAAGCCCAACAAGAGGAAGCUGAUGAUCCUCAUCACCGACGGCAGGUCCUACGACGACGUGCGGAUCCCGGCCAUGGCUGCCCACCGGAAGGGGGUGAUCACCUACGCAGUGGGCAUUGCCUGGGCUGCCCAGGACGAGCUGGAGGUCAUUGCCACCCACCCUGCCAGGGACCACGCCUUCUUUGUGGAUGAGUUUGACCACCUCUACCGAUCUGUCCCCACGAUCAUCCAGAACAUUUGUACAGAGUUCAACUCGCAGCCUCGGAACUGAGCUCGGAGCAAGCAGAGACUGGCAAACGGUGCUUCCCUGACUCUUGGGAUCACCCCCCCCCCCCCCCGCGUGCGCGCUCUCCAGCUUUCUGGGGCACACGUGUGGGGGGAUUAGGCAUGGAAGAACACAUGCAGCAUUACUAUUUGCCCUCGGCGAUUUGCAUCCUCCAAAACUUUGCGGUAGAAAAUGAUCGAUAAUUUGUAGGUGGAGCCAAAAUGCUAAACCAUUCUGAGCACGCUAAGGAUUGUACAUUUCACAGGUGUUUCCAAAAUACGUGUGUCCAGAAGAGACAGGGUUAAAUCUAGCCUUGGUGAAAAAAAAAAAAAAUUGUUUUUAUUUCUCAUUAGAACUCUGUAAUCCUCAACCAGUUUCUUUUGAUCAUGACAAUGUAGCAGGAGUUGCUUAAUUAAAGGGUUAGAAGGAUUCCA